GUCCCUGCUGACUAGGAGCUGGACGCCACGGAAGAGCCAGAGCCCGGAGCGCUGCGGCGUGCGGCCAGGCGCUAGGGUGGUGAAUCGGCAGCUGGGGCCGGAAUGGCGGUGCGGCUAGUUCCGUGCGGGAAAGCCCGGCAUGCAGACCGGCUCCGGUUGGUGGUGCUGCCGCAGCUGCUGCUGGUGCUACUGCUGGCGCGGCCGGCGUGGGCCCUGGUGGAGGGGCUCUACUGCGGCACGCGGGACUGCUACGAGGUGCUGGGCGUGAGCCGCACCGCCAGCAAGGCGGAGAUCGCGCGGGCCUACCGCCAGCUGGCCCGGCGCUACCACCCCGACCGCUACCGGCCCGAGCCGGGCGACGAGGGCCCCGGGCGAUCGCUGCAGAGCGCCGAGGAGGCCUUCCUGCUGGUGGCCACCGCCUACGAGACUCUCAAGGAUGAGGAGACGCGGAAGGACUACGACUACAUGCUGGACCACCCGGAGGAGUACUACCGCCACUACUACCACUACUACAGCCGGCGCCUGGCCCCGAAGGUGGACGUCAGGGUUGUGAUUCUGGUCAGCGUGUGCGCCGUCUCCGUGUUCCAGUUUUUCAGCUGGUGGAACAGCUACGACAAGGCAAUCAGCUACCUGGCCACGGUGCCCAAGUACCGCAUCCAGGCCAUGGAGAUCGCCAAGCAGCAGGGGCUGCUCAGAAAAGCCAAAGAGAAGGGCAGAAACAAAAAAUCCAAAGAGGAGAUCCGUGAUGAGGAGGAGAACAUUAUAAAGAACAUUAUCAAGAGUAAGAUAGACAUAAAGGGAGGCUACCAGAAACCCCAGAUCCGGGAUCUGCUCCUCUUUCAGAUCCUCUUAGCGCCUUUUCACCUGUGCUCGUACAUAGCCUGGUACUGCCGGUGGGUCUAUAACUUUAACAUCAAAGGCAAAGAAUACGGAGAAGAAGAAAGACUGUAUCUUAUACGUAAGUCCAUGAAGAUGUCAAAGUCUCAGUUUGAUAGUCUGGAAGAUCAUCAGAAAGAAACUUUUCUUAAACGGGAGCUCUGGAUAAAGGAGAACUAUGAGGUCUACAAACAAGAACAGGAGGAAGAACUGAAGAAGAAGCUGGCCAGCGACCCCCGAUGGAAGAGAUACAGGAGAUGGAUGAGGAACGAAGGGCCGGGGCGGCUGACCUUCGUGGACGACUAGGGGCUGCGGGGCUGCUGCUCUGCCGCACCUUAGUCACGGUGUCAUCCUCACAACUGAAUUAUUUCCCAGACGUGUCAGCCGCUCUUCUGCAGGAGCUGAAAGUCCUCGAGUAUUUGAUUAAACAGAAUAAUGAAGAAAUUUGAACUUUAUCUUAAAACUUUAUACAUAAGACAUUUAUGAUUCUUCAAUUUUUUAUAAUCUAUUUGUGGAUUUUGUUAAAAGAUUUGACACGAAGAUUUAUUAGUUGCCAUUUAAAAAUUUUAUAUGUUAAAAGAGCUGACAUGACAAUUUAUUAGAUACCAUUGAAAAAUUUUUACGUGUUAAAUGCUUAUUCUUCAAACGUGUUUCCUUGUUCCUUGCUACAGGGCUACAUUUUUCUGCUUUCAUGGCCUCUGGUAUUUUCACAAAACAUAAAACACUCUAACAGCACUUACUCAUAUUCUGCGUGUCUUUCUAGACACAGACUUCAACAUAAUGAUUUUAGUAUCACAUCGUCUUCAUUACAGUCAUUCUAGGAUUGAAAUACGUUCACAGUGUCUCUCUGAGAGAGUCUCCUGCUGGAACGCCAUUUGCCUCUUUCUCCCCGUCACAGUAUUCUUCACGGAUCGGAAACUCUCCAGGAGAGUGAGUCUACGUUCACGUCCUUGUAGGAUGAUCUCGAUUACAGUCAUUUUAGGACUACACCUGUUUCCAGACAUUUUUCCAGAAGAGACCUUGUAAGAAGGUCUUUUGUACCACUUCAAUUAAAAAAAAAAAUGAUGAAGCAGAAAUAGUGUACUGAAAAGCUGUUCACAGAUUAGAAAGUCCUUGAGUGGUGAAAAAAUCCAUUGUACGUGAAUGCAUUUACAUGCGUUUAAACGGGAAAAAAGAACCGACUGGCCACGUGCUGUUCAAACAGUGAAAUGUGAGUGUCUCACGUGUGGGAGUGAGAGUAAUUCACACGUAAUUUGAAACAAGUAUGAUACUGCACCAAAAUAUCAAUACAUAUUCAUGGUAGUGAAUCGGAAUUCCUGUUUUUUUUUUUUGUUUGUUUUUUUAGACUCCUGUUAAAGGAUUUAUCCCAUUGCCUCAUAUUAAUAAAAUG